CUUGGAGUCGUUCUUGAACGUUCGCGGUCAUAGCUCCCAUGCUGGCCCGGUUGCCUUUUCCAAACUUUUACAAGUGCAUUGCUCGCCGCCAAUGACAACGCUGCACACGCCCGCUCGCCUUAUCACCCCGCCGCCUUCUCCAGAUCCUGACCAGCGGGAAUUGCAUAUUGAUAUUCGCUUCUCCGACUGCGGUGCGGACGUGCGGACCCGACCUGCUCACCAUGCACGAGUUGAGCCUUUACGGCCAGGUCACUUUUGCGCGCUAUGAGCAGGUUCUAAACAUACUGGCGGGGGUUGCCAUGAUGCAGCCCCAGCGCGUCUUCGAGCGCCAUGUCGUCUACAAGCCCACGCGCGAGCCUGAAGAGCCGGGCUCCAAUCUUGGCCGUCGCGGCGGUACCCAGACUGUUGCGCAGAAGCAGGCCAAACAAGCUGCUCCUGUUGUCCUCUAUCACACUCGGCUGGUCCAAAAGCUGUCGGAAGACGACUUCGCUACUGAAGAUGCCCUGCCAGAGGAGGGCGGAAGGGCCCUGUCCGCCGAUGUAGAAGAUGGGGAAGAGCCAACAUGGUCUUUCGUGUUCAGAGACGUACCGGAUACUGGCGACAGAGGUGUCUCUAUCCGCUUCACCAACACCACUGACUUGUUGUCUGGCGAUCCGCAUGCGUUCAUGAUUGCCUCAGGGCCCAAUCAGUUUGUGACCGAGUUCUACGUUGAGGGUUACCGUUUCGUGCUCGGUAACGUCGUCAUGUUCCUUCACCGCAUCCUCCACGAGCCCGGCAUUCGCAACGUCCAGAAGAGCCCCAAGGCCACACUGCCAACAUGGAAAGGCCUGAAGCUCCUCGACCCAAGUGGUGUAUACACACUUCAAGCUACGGUCCGGAUUGAAGACUUCAAUAACGCAGCCGUACUCGAGGAAGGGGUGAACGAGUUGAAGAAGUUCCAGGCGCAAAUGAAGGGUUGCGUGAACUUGGAUUUGCCAGAUCGCCUCGCACUAGACCCCCGUGUCAAGUACAAGGCUCCUGCAGCUCCUGCUACUCAAGCACGGCCUAGAUGAUGAGCGGUCUCUCACUGGCCGAGAGCAGUGGACACUAAAUGGGUAGUUUCCUCAUAGUAGUCACCAAACAAAGGGCGGCUUGGGGUACUUUAGACACCGUGUGUCUGUUUCCGCUCUAUGGGAUUAUCAGCAAACGCCACUGAAGCCGAGGUAUCACAUCAGUCUGGAGACAAAAGCAUCGUGAUGAGAUUGCGCGUCGGAUCAGGAAGCUGGGCAGGUUCGAUCUUCUGUUGUGCAUCUGGUCUCAGACGAGUGAGUCUGAUUGUAGAUACGAAUCACCUGUCUUAGUUCGGCGGGGGUAGCUCCAGUACAGACAUUAACGACAUGUCGUACCAAAUAGAGUAUUGUAACGUACGUGAC